UGCAUAUUCUUUGCCUAACCCUACCUGAGAGAUAUUGUAUUUGGUAACUAGAAACAUUGGCUUAUUUUUUAUUUUUUUUAAUGGAGUCAUUACGAUUUAACUACAAAAAAAUAUUGUCUUAUGUUCCGUUUGUACUUGUUUUGUUAGAUUUGCAGUAUGAAGGAGUGCAGUGUGGGAAAAAUGCAGAAGUUGAAAAUCAUCUGGAACUGGGGAAGAAGCUUCUGGCUGCCGGACAGUUGGCAGAUGCUCUGUCUCAUUUUCACGCUGCUGUAGAUGAAGACCCCAAAAACUACAUGGCCUACUACAGAAGAGCUACUGUGUAUCUGGCCAUGGGUAAAUCAAAAUCGGCACUCCCAGAUCUCAGCAGCGUUGUUGAACUGAAACCAGAUUUCACUUCCGCACGACUACAGAGAGGAAACCUGCUGCUGAAACAGGGCAAGUUAGACGAAGCUGAAGAAGACUUUAAAAACGUGCUAAAAUCCAGCCCGAGUGCCAAAGAGGAGACUGAUGCUAGGACCCAGCUGAUUAAAUGUGAUGAAAUGCAGCGGCUUCUGGUCCAGACCCACAGGGAAUUCAACAAUGAGGAUUACAGAACAGCAGCUGCUCAACUUGACACCCUGCUAGAGACUUGUGUUUGGGAUGUAGCCCUUCGAGAGCUCAGGGCAGAAUGUUACAUCCAGCUGGGAGAACUGGGCAAAGCAAUCAGUGACCUGAAAGCUGCUACGAAAUUGAAGAAUGACAACACUGCAGCUUUCUAUAAGAUCAGCACCAUCUACUACAAACUGGGAGAUCAUGAAAUGUCGCUGAACGAGAUCCGUGAGUGCCUGAAGCUGGACCCAGAUCACAAGCAGUGCUUUAGUCACUACAAGCAAGUGAAAAAGCUCAACAAGCAGAUUAUGUCUGCAGAGGAGCUCAUCGGCGAGGAGAAGUACACAGAUGCCAUAAGUAAAUACGAGUUGGUUAUGAAGACUGAGCCCAAUGUGCCCUAUUAUACAAUGCAGGCCAAAGAGAGGGUUUGUCAUUGUCUGUCAAAGAACCAGCAAGCACUGGAAGCCAUUAAAACCUGCACAGAAGUCCUGAAGUCAGACCCCCACAAUGUGAAUGUUUUAAAAGACAGAGCAGAAGCAUAUCUUUUGGAUGAGCAGUAUCACGAGGCUGUGAGGGAUUAUGAAACUGCACAGGAGCACAAUGAGAGCGAUCCUCAGGUCAAGGAAGGACUGGAGAGAGCACAGAGACUUCUGAAGCAGUCUCAGAAGAGGGACUAUUACAAGAUAUUAGGAGUAAAGAGAAAUGCCCAGAAAAAGGAGAUUAUAAAAGCAUACAGGAAGCAGGCACAGCAGUGGCACCCUGACAACUUCCAGGACGAAGAGGAGAAGAAAAAAGCAGAGCAGAAAUUUAUUGACAUUGCCUCUGCCAAAGAGGUGCUCACUGAUCCAGAGAUGAGAAGGAAGUUUGAUGAAGGUCAGGACCCACUGGACCCUGAGAAUCAACAGGGAGGAGACAAUGGUGGGCACCACUUCCACAGAGGCUGGAACUCAUGGCAGGGAUUCAACCCCUUCGGCUCUGGAUCUUUUAACUUCAAGUUCCAGCACAACUAGUACUGAGGAGCUUCUCUGAGUAUUGUAUAACGUAUUCAGUACUUUGGAGCCCGCAGACUAGAAACUUCAGGAACAAGAACUUGAAACUUCAAGCAAGACAGGAAGCGGUCUGAAUUUAGAAGACCCUUUUGAUUUUUUAAGUUCUCUCUUUUUAUCAGUUACAUUUAGGAGAUGGCAACCCUCUGUAAAGAUUCCAUGUAACAAUUAAAAAUCUGGCUAAUGUUUAUGUAACUUUAUAUUAGGAAGGUCCAUGUUGGAAUAAGACUGCCCAUUUACAAUAGCAAUUUUACAUUGCUUUUUAUUACUGUGUUCAUUUUAACAAAAAAAAAAAAAAAAUCCAGUAUGUUCUUAUACUUGGUGAGAUGGAGUUGAAAGCUGCAGUAUGUACUGCAAGAACUGUGCUUAUUUUGUCAGGACUGUAAUUUCUCAUGGCCUGUAUGCAAAUGUGACUAUCAUAUUCUGUCAGAAGAUUGGAGUCCUACAUCUAUCUCCUAAUGUAACGCCUCAUGUUGCUAUCCAAUAGGUCCAACCGUUGCCUUCCUUGUAAUCCUGUUUUGUAAAUUCUUGGGGAAAAAAUGGGCAACAUAUUUUUUAUAAUUUAAAAACAAAACUCAAGUGUGUUAAAGCACAGCAGACACAUUUGAACCCUUCUGUAAUUGCAUUUGGAGUGUGAUAAUACCAUUUCCACUACAUUGCCUUUUAGUAUUACCUUUCCCAUUUUGAUAAUUACCUUGGCAUGCCAUUCUAUGUGCAUGGUCACGCUCAUGUGUAAUACAGAACCGCAGUAUUUGUUUUCAGUAUCCAGUCCUCUGUAUCUAUGACUGCCUAUGUGCCAUAUGAAUUAAGAGGCCUUUUCAUUGCUGCCAUGCUAGCCACCCCCUCCAUGCCAGGAAGCUGCUUUUGUUUCCCCUGGACGAGACACUGGCUGUAUGUCUCAUACAAACGAUCUGACAGAAUACAAGAACAGGUUGAUUUUUAAAAUCAAGUAAUAACUCUCAUGUAGGAUUCCUGCUGUAAAAGCACCAUGACUGUAUAGCUUUCCAAGUGUGGUUGAAAUUGAUUUAAAACAAAAAUGUCAAUGUCUCAGUUUGAAUUUCAUAUUUUAAAAACAGGUUGUCACAUGUACUUGCACAGCAUGUUCUUGUAUGUGUGCGUUUAUGUGUGAGAUUUUUAUAUGAAGUAUUUUCUGAAUUGUAAAUAAAAAAAAAAGGUAUUUAUGUUGACAAUUU